CCUGGAGAUCAUCUACCUGCUGACCGGAGAGAGUUUUCCUCUUAUGAAGUCCGGAGAUCAUAUGGCCAUCACAGUGCCUCCACCUCACUCCCUGACACCUGAGAUAAACAUCAAAAAGAAGAUUCUAGAAGUCACCAAGAAGAUGAUGGAGCUGCUGACAGGAGAGGGUGAAGAUCUGAUGAUCAUUAAAGUUGAGGGUGAAGUAGAAGAGACGUAUGUGAGGGAUGAUCAGCAAUAUACGGAGGAGGAGGCUGGAAUGACAAAGUCAUUCAAAGAAGAGAAGGACAUUCCUACAGAGAUCAGCACAGGACCAACCAUCAAGGAACCAUCAAAGUAUCAUCUCCCUUUAUCCAUAGGUUGUAAAAUGGAAGAUGAGGACAUCACAAGAGAUUGUGCAGGAGAAAAGACAAUGAGCUCAGCUAUGAAUGGUUUACCUCACAGUGUGGAUAGAUGUUUGAAUACCGCUAACUCUGAGCAACCUCGUACUUUAAGGGAUGGUGCCGGACUUCAGGGGGAGGAGACAUUUUUUCGUCCUGAACACGAGGAAAGUUUUAGCUCUGAGUUGAAUCUUACUGUUCAUCAAAGAUCUCACACAGGUGAGACGCUUCAUUCCUGUUCUGAGUGCGGGGAAUGUUUCCUUCUUAAAUCGGAACUCAUCAUACAUUUCAGAGCUCACAUGAGCGAGAGGCCAUAUUCUUGCUCCGAGUGCGGGAAAUGUUUUACACGGAAAUCAAUUCUUGUUAGACAUCUAAGAUCUCACACGGGGGAGAAGCCGUAUUCCUGCCCUGAGUGCGGGAAAUGUUGUUUGCAGAAAUCAGAUCUUGUUAAACAUCAAAGAUCUCACACAGGGGAGAAGCCGUAUCCUUGCCCUGAAUGUGGGAAAUGUUUUGCACGGAAACAACACCUUGUUAGACAUCUGAGGUCUCACACUGGGGAGAAGCCGUACUCUUGCCCUGAGUGUGGGAAAUGUUUUUCACGGAAUACUCAUCUUGUUAGACAUCAAAGAUCUCACAGAGUUGUGUAGGGAUGAGUUGAACGUUUCUGGCUUCAGCUCCUGGGAUGUUCAAUGAACUGCUCUUAAGUUCAGAAUGUCAAUCUGAACCCCAUUGAAGUCAAUGGGAGCAGAAUUUUUCAAAUCAGUUCAGGCAAUUUUUAAGGCUAAUAUGGGGGCCGGCUCCACUUUCACUGGUUUUAAGCCCACGGGGUUCCUGGGCUAUGCCAGGCAGUAGGAGGGGCCACUUGCCCUGCACAAAGGUACCUUCUGUGUGUGCACACACUCACCAAUGCCCGGGACUGGGUGGAGGCCGUGUUCAGAUAAAAUCAAUCUUAAGGCGGCCGCUGACUUAGAGAUGAGCCAUGCACAGUGUCCAGAAAUAAACUGUACUGACUUCCUCUGCAACAUGCUACAUCCCAUGUCACUACACAUCUUACUGUAACUGUUGCAUUUAGGAGGAAAUCUGCUGAGCCCAUGUCCUCUCCACUCAUGCAGUGUACCUCUGUCACCUUACUCCCAGUGACAGUACGGUGCCCCGCCGAGCACCUUGCACAGACCUCAUGCAUGCUCUUCCUUAAUUCCUGGUUCUCUUUCUCUCUCCCAUACCAUGUUGUUAGGCUGAGGGUCUCCAUAAUGCAGGUUUAGUCCUGGUUGCUAUGGGAAGCUGAUCACUGGGGAGGGAGCCAGAACACUGACCCCUCCCUACUGGAGGACACCCCAUGUCACCCAGGUACCAUACUUACGACAGGCUGCUAUUUACUCCACUCUAAUCCUUGGUUUACCUGGACAACUGCUUACUUUCUCCACUCCUCCUGCUGAGUUAAUCCUCUGUAAUGGACUUGCUUCAUAUCCCGUUUGUGCUUUAACUGACCGAGAUUCAUUUACUUGCCUUUACCUUCAUGCAUCCCUUUAAAGUAACUUCAAACUAGGCUCAUAGAACAGUUAACAAGCUUUACUGAAGGCUUAUGCAGGAUAACAAUUUUAGAGUGCAUAACACAGCUCAGAGAGUCCCAUCCCUACCUAGCUGUAUUACUUGGUGGCUGCCCAGGCAUACCUUUUUAAGGUAAUAGUCCAUUUCUGGUAAAAGUACAUACCUUGGCAGUUCUCUGGUAAGUUCUUUGGGUGGACUGCAAGUCCCAGCAGUCCCCCUUCGCAAAGCAGUGUCACAGCAUCUCAGCACUGGGAACCUGCAGAAGGCUUGUUUUUCCCCUCUGGUACCCGGCCUUCCCUCCUUAUACUAAACACACAGGGCAAGGAGGCUGGGUCCCAAAAGCCCAGGAAACUGAAACAAACAAAUUUAACCCCUUCCCCCGGCCUAGGACAGCCACUACCGACUAACUACUGAAGGCAACCUGCCUACAAAUAGGCUAUAGAUUGUUAAAGGACAUGGGGAGCUGGACACUGCCGUGGGUGAUACUGAAAUGUAUACCAGGAAACUACAGACCAGCCUAACAUCAAUAGUAUAUAAGAUAUUUGAGGGAAUGGUAAGGGUCUCUAUACAGAAAUGUGUCUGUAAUCAAGACAUUUCAUAUCUUCAUGUCUUUUUCAUGUCGUUUUUGUCAGACCAACCUGUUAUUGUUCUAUGAGGAAGAAGUGGCAAGUUGGAUGGUGGAAGUUCAUCGGACAUAGUUUAUCUAGAUUUUGUACCUCAUAAAUGUUUAAUCUAGUCUAAAAAAUAAAGUCUGUUGGUGUUGAUAAAAUUGUGU